AUGGCCCCCAACUCCUUCGAUGACCAGUACCUGCGCUGCCAUUUCAAAAUGCUGAGGGCGCUGCCGGCGCUCAACCGCACCGAGUUCGUUCCCUACGGCGACUACGCCGAGGCCUGGAACAGGGCCGUGGCCACAUGGGCCAGCCGGGCCCACGCGGAGUCCCCGCUGCAGCCGGAGCAGGCCAUCGCUCUCCUGGCCUACACCAUGGAGGAGGGCCUGUACCUGGAGUUCAACGAGGCCGUGCGCACGGCCGGGCGCUCCCGACGGGAGUACCUGGACACCUUCCACUUCAAGGUGCUGCAUUUCCUGCUGACCGAGGCCCUGAGCGACCUGCGGGGUGCCCGGAGCCACCCCCGCUGCCUGCACGUGUACCGGGGCGUCGACGGCAUCCGCUUCGCCACCGGGCUCGGCCACAUCGUCCGCUUCGGCCAGUUCGCCUCCACCUCCCUGCUGCAAAACGUCAGCGAGUCCUACGGCAUCACAACCACCUUCGAGGUGGACACCUGCCACGGUGCCGACAUCCGCAACUUCUCCAACUACCCCGAGGAGCAGGAGGUCCUCAUCCCACCCUUUGAGACCUUCAAGGUCACCAAUAUCACCCACCAAGGGGACGACAUCUACAUCCAGCUCCGCUCCCACGGCGUGCACAGCAAAUACAACUGUGCCUUGUUCCAAGGCAGAAGCGUCCCCAGAGACACCCCAGGCCUCACUGGACUCCUCCUGGCAGCACUGGCAGCUGUCACUGGCACCCCCUGA